AAUCUCGGAUGCGACCCCCCGCAGAUCAACAGCCUAGGUUCAACGGGCAUCCGCGUAAUCCGAUUGAUCCUAGGAAGCAACUCCUUGCGGAAACAUUCCAAAACAUACGCUCGUUGUCAGAGGCUUUGGAUUGUUGUCUUUCCUUUUUAUGUCGCCAGAGCGAGCUGCCCCAGUCCUUCAUUUUCUCGAUUUUCUUUAUCGAAUCUAUUGUUUCUGUACGCGAUCAAUCAUAGUCGCGACGAUCGAACUAACCCCUGCACCCCUCAGCGCUUUAAGGUGUUCGGUAUAAAACACAAUCGAUAAGCUCGCUGACUGACAUCAGCUUCAAUGAACACGGAGAUUGAUCGAAAAAUGGACGAAGGCAUUGGAAUGUUGCUCCUCUUGGAGGAUAAGAAGAAGUUGACCAUUGGAAUCGAAGAACUGGAGCUCAACGGUGCGGAUCUCUUGGAGAAGACGUGACGCCAAGUCCUCGACUGAUCAUUAACAGACCCUGCUGCAAACAAGUCAACUCGCUCCUCCUGUGCUCCUUUCUCUGGCAGUAAGAACUCAGAACUGUGAUACGACACAAUAUGGAAACACUUACUGAUCAUGCUUCUCUACAGAACCCGCUCCCAAGAAUAGCAUACCCUUCUACAACGUCCUCUGGGCCGAGCUCUCCAACGACCAGAUCACAAUCGACUACGCCCAUCACGCUUCGAAGACAUUGAUCAAACCUAAGAAAUGGGUUUUCACGCUUGCGAAGGACGACGAGUCGACCAGCGGUACACCAGCCGAGAUCUUCGUCAAGACCCUCAUGACACGCGCCUACGGUAAUGCGCAGUCUCAGAAACGCGCCUACGUGCUGAUCAACCCGAACUCUGGUCCUGGCGGUGCUAUCAAGCAGUGGGAGACUGAGGUGAAGCCGCUCUUCCAGGCUGCAAAGAUGCAGAUUGACCCCGUGAUAUUGAAGCACGGUGGAGAAGCCGUUGAACUGGCGCAAAACGCCGACUUGUCCAGAUACGAUACCAUCAUGGCAUGUUCCGGUGAUGGAACGCCACACGAGAUUUUCAACGGCCUUGCUAAGCGACCCGAUGCUGCGAGAGCGCUUUCUACGAUGCCUGUCAGCCAUAUCCCUUGUGGCUCAGGAAACGCAUUCUCUUGCAACUUGUACGGAUCUCAUCGACCUUCUUUCGCUGCCCUUGCCAUCAUCAAGGGUGUCGUGACCCCGAUGGAUUUGGUGUCAGUCACUAGUGGCCACAACCGCAUCAUUUCGUUCCUGUCCCAAACGCUCGGCCUCAUUGCCGAAUGCGAUCUCGGCACAGAGCAUAUGCGAUGGAUGGGUAGUGCGCGUUUCGAAGUCGGUGUCGUUCAGCGCAUGUUUAAGAAGAAGUGUUAUCCCUUUGACCUGGCUGUCAAGGUGGAGAUCGAAGACAAAGGCGAUGUCAAGGCUCAUUACAAGCAUCACGCGAGCUCCACGAGCCUGAAACAUCUAGCUAAGAAGCUUGAUGCAGACCCUGUAGCUGAUGAUGUAGGUUUGCCGCCGUUGAAGUAUGGCACGAUCCAGGAUGAUCUCCCUGAAGGAUGGGAGUUGAUUCCCUAUGACAAGGUUGGCACAUUCUACGCCGGUAACAUGGCUUAUAUGUCACCCGAUGCUCCGUUUUUCGCUGCCUCACUCAUCUCAGAUGGUUUGAUGGACCUCGUUACUAUCGAUGGUGACCUGCCUUUCUUCACAGCCAUUAAGGUCCUUCUCGAUGUUGAAGCCGAGAAACUGUUUGACAACCCUCAUGUCACCUACAAGAAGAUCUCAGCUUACCGCAUCAUUCCUCGCGAUCAAGAGGAUGGCUAUAUCAGCAUCGAUGGUGAGAAGUGCCCAUUUGGACCUUUCCAGGCCGAGAUCCACCAGGGCCUUGGGCGAGUCAUCUCCAAGUCUGGCAAGUAUGAGGCUGCGGGACCCAAGAAUUGGGACAAGGUGACACUAGCAGACCGCAUUCAUGGAUGAAAAGAGGACAUGAAAUCGGAUGUAUGACGUGUUGAAAUGGUGGUGGUUAGGGAAGCAGAUGGAAAGAAAGGCUUCUUGGCGAUAAUGAUACCCACGUAAAAGGAUGUGCACAUAGCAAGACUUCUAGAAGUAGCAAUUUUAAUUCAGUGAUUUGGUUUUGAUUCAGGA